AUGUAUAUAAAUAUUUUAAUUAAAUUCAUUUUAGACAAAAAACAUUUUAAAGAAAAACAAAAAAAUCCUUUAAUUGUUGACAGUGAAAGAGAUCAAUCGGUUGUUGCUAGUAAUGAAGAAUUUAAUGAAGAUUUAGCAAAAUUAAAUAAAUAUUUAACAAGUCCAAGUAAACAACCCCUGUCUGAACAUUUUAAUAAUUUAAAUAAACAAAAACGUUUUUAUUCCAUCCCUUCUCCAAAAAUAAAACAUUCAAAAAGUGUUCCAGUUAGAUUAAAAACAAAAAUUAAGUCAAAAGAAAAAAAUAAAAAUUUUGGACAUUUUGAUGAUGAAGUGGAAGAAGAAGAAUUAGAAGAAGAAGGAGAAAAAGAAGAUAAUUCUGUGGAAAUCGAAGAAAAUUUUGAGGAAAACUUUAAAGAAAUACCUAAAAUACAAAAAAUAAAUAAAAAUAGAUUUAAAACAAAUUCAGAAAAUAAUAAUAAAUAUUUAAAUUUAAAUUCAAAUGAGAAUAGCCAAAUGACUGAAAAUCAUGAAAAUAAUUUAGGGAGAAUUAAAACAGAAAAAGUUAAAACAAGAAAUAAAACAUUCAAUAAAAAUUAUAGUAAUAAUAGUGAGAGUAAUGAGGAUUCUGAUAAUAAUGAUGGUUAUUUUGGAAGUAAAGAAGAUUUAAAUGAGGAGGAAUUUGGAGUUGAUGAAGAUAACAUUGAUGGUGAUCAUUUAAAUAAUAAUGAUUUUGAAGAAGAAAGUUUGGAAGAAGAAGAGAGGGUUGAAAAUGAUUAUUUAGAUAGAUUUGGAGAAGAUCAUUUAGACAACAAUUAUUUUGAUGAUAGAAAAAUAACAAAAAAUAUACUAAAUUCAUUUGAAAAUAAACAUUUUAAUUCAGAAGAGGAAGAAAAUAAAAAUAAUUAUUUUGAUGGGUCAGAAAAACUCAAUAAAACCCCCUCCAAAUUUCAUUCAAAAUCCAUAAUAAAUAAUAAAAUUAAACAAAAUCAAAAUAACAAAAAUAUUAAAAAUGCAAAAAGUUUAGAAAAUUUAAAUAAAAUUAAUAGACAUUUUUCUAUGUUACCAACAAAGAGGAGAAAUAAUUUAAGAACGGGGACAUCUUUAUUUAAAAGAAAUUCUUCAAAAGAAUCGAGUAAAUCAGAAGAGAUUUUGACAGAUAAUUCAAAAGAAUAUUUUGAAGAAGAAAAUAAAAAAGAAAAAAGAAUUAAAAGUUUAACAAACCACACUAAUUGGUUUGAUGGGGAAGUAGAUGAUAAUGAUUAUUCAGAAUUUGAAGAGGAAAUAGAGGAGACUAUGGAAGAAGAAGAAGAAAAUAAUUUGGAUGAAGUUGAAGAAGAAUUGAGGAAACAAUUUUUGUGGCCAAAUAGAAAAUUAAAAAAUAAUUAUAAUCAAAUAAAUCCACAAAAGGGAGGGGAACAAUUUAGCAGUGAAGAAGAAUGGGAUCAGUCAUCAAAUGAAUAUUUUCCUUCUCAUUCUUCUGAAUGGCCUUACGAAAAAGAAAAUAAAAAUAAUUAUAAUUAUGAUAAUGAACCUUCCUUUGAGGAAUACGAAAAUUUGUCAGAAAAUAAUUAUUAUUCUCCAGAAAGGAAAAGAGAAAAAGUUCAUAAAAGUGAGGGAUUGGGAAAUAAAAAUAAAUUAAAUUUAAAUCAUCGGACAAAAGAAUAUCAUCACCACCAACCAAAUAACAUCCAUCAACAACCUCAUUCACAUCAUUAUGGAGAAAGAAAUAAAGAUGAACAGUUGAAGAAAAAUGAAUAUUUUAAAAAUAAUUUAUUACCAAAAUAUAAUAAUCCAAAUAAUCAUAAAUAUCAGAAUGAAGAAAAAAGUAAAAAUAUUACAAGGGAAAUGUCAGAAAUUAAAAACAAAAAUUCAGAAUUGUCUGACGAAAAUAAAAAUAAACAUAAUAACAAUAAUAAUAAUUUACAAAAAAAUUUUACUAAUAAAGAGGAACAUAUUAAAAAUAAAAAUAAUCAAAAAUAUUCUUCACAUUUAAAACAGAAAACAAAUAAUUUUGAAAAUAAAAAUAACCACUUUAAUGAAAAUAAUUUUUAUAAAAAUUUAAAUGAAAGGAAAAAUGAAAAUAUUAAUAAUAUUUCUUCUGACAAGCAAAAUAAUUAUUUAAAUAAAAAUAUUGAGCCUAAAGAAAAUAAUAAUCAUUUUGAUUGGCGUUCAUUGGGUUAUAAUAAUAAUAAUUCCUCUAAAAAGGAGUUAGCUAAAAAGCAUUUAAUUGAAGCACAAGAAACAUUAAAUAAAGCAACUAAACAAAUAGAAAAUGCAAUGAAUUAUUUGGAAAGUAAAGAAGAAAAAGAGGAGAAAAAUAAUAAUAUUUUAAAUAAAAAUAAUUUAAAAAAUAUUUAUGAAAAUAAUGAAAAUAUGUAA